AUGGCCGGCAACGAGGGAGGAGAGAAGGCGAAACGAAAAGUCCCCAACCCUGCAACCGCAUCCCAACCCACCGCCGACACCCAACAACACGGUAAUCCCGCUCCCGCAAAGCGCCAGCGCGUAUCGCGAGCCUGCGACCAGUGCCGCACUGCCCGCGAAAAGUGCGACGGCAUCCAGCCCAUCUGCUUCACCUGUGCCUCCUCGAAUCGCGACUGCACCUAUACCGCCAACCCCAAGAAGCGCGGAAUCCAGCCGGGAUACAUACGGACACUGGAGCUGGCCCUGGCCUGGACUUUUGCCAACGUGCCGGCAAGCGAGGAUGCGUUGCUGAGCCUGUUGGUCCAACCCGAGGGCCGCGCCCUGCUGUCCGGGAAGGACCAGGACGGCUCCUACAAGAUGCAUCGAACAUGGAGGAAAAGCGCCUUCUGCCGCGACAUAGAUCGCGUCCUGUCCGGCGCCGACCCGGUUGCAUUCGGCGAGAAGCCAGCCUCCCCAAACUCACCCGACGACGAUCAACUGGACGACGCAGAUGGGGCAUCCGUCAUUGCCGCUACGCCCGUUGGACCGUCAUCUACGCUGAGCGGCGGCACACAGCUCCACCGCCGGCCUUCUAUGGCCGGCGGCUCGGAAAGUUCGCUCCAGCGACGCCUUGAACCUGCACAGAGCCCUGCAGCCAUUCCCGGAAACCAGCCGCUCGCUCCGGUGAACAGACCACCUGUUCCACUCCAUCCCAAGCUCAGAGUUCCAUCGAACCUGUGGCGGCUUUUCGACGUCUACUUUGCCUACACGCACUGCUGGUUUCCUAUUGCCGAGAAGCACGACGUGCUCAAAAUCUCGUACUCGUAUCCUGACGAAGGUCUUGAUAUUUCCGCAAACAGCCCUGGGUCUGGAGAUCAUGCAGAACUCUGGAGCAUACUGGCUGUCGCUUCCGUCCAGGAGCACGCUGCCAAUCCGUCAUCCGCCCAACAGAGUGAAGACGGUGCGAGACUGCUACCCGGGGAUAUUUACAACAUAGCCCGAAGUUUGAUCCCUAGCGAGCAAGGAUCCCAUGAACUUGGCCACGUCAAAGCCCUGCUGCUACUUGCCCUGGUCAAUAUAGGAGGGAGCAUGUCUCGUGCUGCUUGGUUUCUCAUCGGCUAUGCUGCUCGGUUGGUAUUCGUUCUCGGCUUGCACAACGCCUUCCAACCUCAGGGUCACUUCCACGCCAAUGAAGACCAGAAUCCAAGAGGAAAGCAUGUUUUCCUGGCUUGUUUCGCGCUAGACACCAUUGUGUCUGCCCAUCUUGGAAGGGAACCAUUCAUGAGGCGAGACCACGUCGAUCUUGUCGGAUUGAUCCCAGAGGACGGGCUAGAAGAAUGGCAUCCUUGGGUUGGCUGCCCUGACUUCAAACCAAGCUCUGCAAAUCCGGCUCAGUACAACAGGAGCCCAGUCCACACGAUCAGUACCUUCAAUCAUAUCGUCAGACUGCUCAGCAUUGUGAAUGAUGUAUCAGUAGGGGUCCUGGAUGGUCACUCAGCUUCUAUGCAUCUGCAGCAGUGGAUCGCCAGCCUCCCUCCCACGUUCAAAUCGGUACAAUCGAGCCAGCUACCACCAGCACCGACGCCUACACUCUUUGGUCUACGACUCAUAUACCUCUGGACAACAAUGGCAUUUGCAAUUCCGAGUGUCGUGCCUUCUGAAAUGGUUGCUGAGUCGUUCCUCAGGUUUGCGGAUGCCUUUGGCACUUCCGCUCUUCUGCCAAUAUUCAGCCCGCUCAUUGCUUUGGCAGGUCGUAGUGGUGCAUUUGAGAGUCUACCGCCAGACACCAGGUCAAGAUGGACCACACUACUGGUAGGAUACCGGGAUAUAUGGAGAAAACGAGAAACCACAAAAGACGCCCCGCCCCUGGGUCGUACUUCUCAUCCCAGCAUCAUGGAUAAUUUUAUGCUGGCUCAGACACCAUCGGCAAACCCAGUAGGCGGAAUCGCUUCGAGAUCACCCACCUACCCGUCUCCAAUAUCCCAAUAUCCCCCAUCGGCACCAGCGGCUUUCAGUCCGCCUCCAUUCAAUAUGAGCAAGAACAUGCACGAGACAGCCAGCAAUCCACCAUUCCAACAGCCAUUUGGUAACUUGACGCACCAAAUGAGCACGACCGCCAACCAGGCGGCAGAUCAAUCCACGCACCGUCUUUCUUUCUCACAAUCACUUGCAACACCAAUUGCUUCCUCCUCGGCGAGUAAAGAGCCAGCCGAUCAACGGCCUGCGGUCAAGAAUCCAAGCAUCAGCAGUCAAACACCCAAUUCGGCCAUUUACGACGGACCAUCUCUUGAGCGCUACCCGUCAGCAGGAUCCAAUGAUCUCGAUGCGCUUUUCGACGAAUUGGCUACUCUCGAAGGACCGGAGCGGCUAGAUAGCCAGCCUCAAUUCAUGCAGAAUCUGGGCUUUGCUCCAGACAUGAAUCUUAGCGACGUACUAAGCAGCGACUAUGGUCAAUUUGAUCCCAUUUUCAAUGCCUACUUGCAACAUAGUGUGGCGGCUACUCCAGUACCUGGUCAACCAGGUGGAGGACAUUCACAAGGAAUGGAGGGAAGAGACUUUGACGCUGGGUAA